AACUCCCGUUGAAGCUUUAAUUUUAAAAUAAGGAACCGUAAACAAAUAAUUCAUUUUUUAAGACAGUGUAGUUGAUUUUACACAAAUAAAAAGCUGUUCUUUUCUAAUUUGAGUUUUAUCAACUUCUUACAGUUGCAGUAGUUUUUAUUUUUUGUGUAUAGAAGAAUCAUAAUGUGGAGAGCAGGUAACGAUGUGAAAGCUACACAAGAAGGUUCAGAUGACUGGGAAACAGAUGCUGACUUUGUUAAUGAUGUCAGUGAACAAGAACAAAGAUGGGGUGCUAAAACAGUUGAAGGUUCAGGUCGAGUUGGUGCUCUAAGUAUGCAGGGUUUAAGAGAAGCUGUAACAGAAGAUGAUCACAAAGUUAAAAAAGAAUUAAUGGAUCCAAACAAAGUAGGAAGUUAUGGCUAUGGUGGUAAAUAUGGAGUACAAACUAACAGCCAAGACAAGGCUGCUUUAGGUUUCGAUCAUCAAGAACAGUUGACGAAACAUGCUUCUCAAAAAGAUUACUCAACUGGUUUUGGAGGAAAAUAUGGUGUUCAAAAAGACCGACAAGAUCAGUCUGCAGUUGGAUUUGAUCAUCAAGAAAAGCUUUCAAAACACGAUUCUCAACAAGAUUACACCAAAGGAUUUGGUGGAAAGUUUGGAGUUCAAUCAGACAGACAGGACAAGAGUGCAGUUGGAUUCGAUUAUCAAGAACAACUUCAAAAGCAUGAAUCACAAAAAGAUUACAAUAAAGGGUUUGGUGGAAAGUAUGGUGUUCAGUCUGAUCGCCAAGAUAAGAGUGCAGUAGGAUUUGAUUAUCAAGAACAACUUCAGCAGCAUGAAUCACAAAAAGAUUAUACAAAAGGUUUUGGUGGAAAAUUUGGUGUCCAAACCGAUAGAAAAGAUAAGUCAGCAGUGGGAUAUGAAUACCAAGAAGAACUACAAAAACACGAGUCUCAAAAAGAUUAUUCAAAAGGUUUUGGUGGCAAGUUUGGAGUUCAAGCCGAUCGACAGGAUAAAUCAGCUGUUGGAUACGAAUACCAAGAAAAGUUACAACAACAUGAUUCUCAAAAAGAUUAUUCCAAAGGUUUUGGAGGAAAGUUUGGUGUUCUAUCUGAUAGACAAGAUAAGUCAGCUGUUGGCUAUGAGUACCAAGAAAAGUUACAACAACAUGACUCUCAAAAAGAUUAUUCCAAAGGUUUUGGUGGAAAAUUUGGCGUUCAAUCAGAUAGACAAGACAGCUCUGCAGGUACUUUUAAUGAUAUGACUGGUGUUGAUGGUACCUCGUACAGAACUGAUAAACCAAGAGCAGAGUCUGGCACUGCUGGAAACCUGAAAGCAAGAUUCGAACAGCUAGCAAAAGGAGAAGAUGAGGAAGCGCGUCAACGUGCUGCUGAAGAAAAAAAGAAACGUGAGCUAAGAGAACAAAAAGAAAGAGAGGCAGCAGCAGCUGCGCAAGAGAAACUUGAUGAACUCCAGCGAUUACAGAAUGAAGCUGCCGAAAGAGCCCUUGCACAAGAGAAAGCAGAACUAGUUGACGAUGACAGAAAUGAAGUUAAUACUCCAUCAUUUUCUUAUGUUGCUCCAGAGUCUAAUUCAUCUCAAAUAAAAACAGAAAGUGUUAGUGAUCUUGGUGUGACCGCAACUGCACUAUACGAUUAUCAAGCCAAUGACGAAGAUGAGAUUACUUUUGAUCCCGAUGACCAGAUUACUAACAUUGAAGAAGUAAGCGAAGGAUGGUGGAAAGGAACGUGUCGAGGAAAGACUGGUCUUUUUCCAGCUAAUUAUGUGCAAAUAAAUGAAUAAUAGAAACGAUUAUCUUAUAAUAGCUGGAUAUCAGUUCAAUUUUUUUAAGCAUUUAUACUAGUUAUCGAACUUGUUGUCUGUAGAUGUAGAUGUAUUUUUUUUUUUUUUUUGGUAAAAUUUAAAUUUAGGUAUUAAAUUGUUAAACUUUUAGAAAUUAUUUUUUGAUUCUUUUUUUUUUUUUCUUUUUUUGUUACGAAUUGUUUUUUUUUAAAUUAUUUUUUUGUAUAAUAAAUAUAUAGCCAUCUUAAAUUAUGUGUUUCUA